GUUCUAGAGAGAGUGGUUCUAGAGUAGUUCUAAAGAGUGGUUCUAGAACCCCCCUCGGCCCAAGUCUACUACCGACGUGGCCUGGCACUCAAGAAAAUAGUUCCACAGUGCGUGGCACGGGGAUUCACGGACCUCGUGGUCAUCAAUGAGGAUCGCAAGGAGCCCAGUAUCCUCACCGCUCACACGCACAGAGAGUAGUUCUAGAGAGAGUGGUUCUAGAGAGAGUAGUUCUAGAGUAGUUCUAAAGAGUGGUUCUAGAACCCCCCUCGGCCCAAGUCUACUACCGACGUGGCCUGGCACUCAAGAAAAUAGUUCGACAGUGCGUGGCACGGGGAUUCACGGACCUCGUGGUCAUCAAUGAGGAUCGCAAGGAGCCCAACGGGAUGAUCAUCUCACACCUCCCUCACGGGCCAACUGCUCACUUCAAGAUGAGCGGAGUUCGCUUGUGUAGCAAGCGACGGAAGGCUCCGGACACAGCUCCGUCAUCGCUUGCCAAUCCCGAGUUGAUCCUCAACAACUUCACCACACGGAUCGGCCUCCGUGUGGCUCGUCAGCUCGCCGCUCUGCACCCACACGGACCCAGCUUCUCGGCACGAAGAGUUCUCACGUUCCACAACCAGCGGGACUUCAUCUUCUUCAGACACCACCGCUACAUCUUCCGUAAUGAGAGACGUGUGGGCCUCAAGGAGCUGGGCCCACGAUUGACGCUGAAGCUUCGCUCUCGUCAGAAGGGAUCCUUCGACUCAAAGUUCGGGGACUUCGAGUGGGUCCACAAGAGACACGAAAUGGAUUCCAGUCGCAGAAAGUUCCACCUCUGAUGCAGAAUUCACUCGCACACACAUAGACACACAGACACACACAUAGACACAUAGACACAGACACACACAGACACACAUAGACACACACAUAGACACUCACUCACAUAGACACACACAUAGACACACAC